CGCACAUCUGCACUUCACAGCGAGGCGUGGUCAGUCAGAGCAGACAGGUGGGCCAGUCACACUUCAUCCACAGGAUACCUGCAAGUCUUUUCUCUCCGCUACAUUCACACACACAGCUGCAACAAAAUGCCAAAGUGCCCGAGCUGCCAGAAGGAAGUUUACUUCGCCGAGAGGGUGACGUCUCUGGGGAAGGACUGGCACAGGCCCUGCCUGAAGUGUGAGAAGUGCAAAAAGACGCUGUCAGCAGGCUCACAUGCAGAGCAUGACGGCAAGCCGUACUGUCACAGACCCUGCUACGGUGCAUUGUUCGGACCUGGAGGAUUUGGACACGGUGGAACCGAGAGCCACAAAUAUUAAAUAAGGUUUCAGGCGCCGCAGUAAAAAUGUUGCCUGGAAACUAGAUUGAAGAAGUCAUCAUGCUCUAAAAAGAAAAAAGAAAAAAAGUCGCAAUAAAAACCAGCAAACAAACUGUGUUCUGAUCGAGGAGAAAA